GUUGCCGCCGCGGCCACCGAGGUUGCUCGGGGUGGGUGAGAGGUGGAGCCGCCGGGGCGUCUGAAGGAAAUCGGUGUUUGGCCCCGGGGGAGGGUGGGAGGGGGAGUCGUUGGUUUCCCUUCUUCUCACCCCGACUCCCGUGGUGUGGAGGGGGAGGCCCCGUGGGCCUCUCGGCACGCCGUGGACAUGCCUCUCUUUGCCACCAAUCCCUUCGACCAGGAUGUGGAGAAAGCAACCAGUGAGAUGAACACUGCUGAAGACUGGGGCCUCAUCUUGGAUAUUUGUGAUAAGGUUGGCCAGUCACGCACUGGUCCUAAAGAUUGUCUCCGGUCUAUUAUGAGGCGAGUGAACCAUAAAGACCCCCAUGUUGCUAUGCAAGCUCUGACUCUUCUAGGAGCAUGUGUAUCAAACUGUGGCAAAAUUUUUCAUUUAGAAGUAUGUUCACGAGAUUUUGCUAGUGAAGUAAGCAACGUAUUAAAUAAGGGUCAUCCUAAAGUUUGUGAGAAAUUAAAGGCGCUAAUGGUGGAGUGGACAGAUGAAUUUAAGAAUGACCCUCAGCUUAGCCUAAUAUCAGCAAUGAUUAAAAACCUUAAGGAACAAGGAGUUACCUUCCCAGCUAUUGGCUCUCAGGCUGCAGAACAAGCAAAAGCAAGUCCAGCUUUAGCAGCCAAGGAUCCGGGAACUGCAGCCAACAAAAAGGAAGAAGAAGACUUAGCAAAAGCCAUUGAGCUGUCCCUCAAGGAGCAAAGGCAGCAGUCAACUACCCUUUCCACUUUGUACCCAAGCACCUCCAGUCUUCUAACUAAUCACCAACAUGAAGGCCGAAAAGUUCGGGCCAUCUAUGACUUUGAAGCUGCUGAAGAUAAUGAACUUACGUUUAAAGCUGGAGAAAUUAUUACAGUUCUUGAUGACAGUGAUCCUAACUGGUGGAAAGGUGAAACUCAUCAAGGCAUAGGAUUGUUUCCCUCUAAUUUUGUGACUGCUGAUCUCACUGCUGAGCCAGAAAUGAUUAAAACAGAGAAGAAGACAGUACAAUUUAGUGAUGAAGUUCAGAUAGAGACAAUAGAACCAGAGCCAGAGCCAGCCUUUAUUGAUGAAGAUAAGAUGGACCAGCUGCUACAGAUGUUGCAGAGUACAGACCCCAGUGAUAAUCAGCCAGACCUCCCAGAGCUCCUUCACCUGGAAGCAAUGUGUCAUCAGAUGGGACCACUCAUUGAUGAGAAGCUGGAAGAUAUUGAUAGAAAACAUUCAGAACUCUCAGAACUUAAUGUUAAAGUGAUGGAGGCACUCUCAUUAUAUACGAAGUUAAUGAACGAAGAUCCAAUGUAUUCCAUGUAUGCGAAACUGCAGAAUCAGCAGUAUUACAUGCAGCCAGGUGUUUCUAGUUCUCAGGUAUAUACAGGGACGCCUACCAGUGGUGCUUACCUGGUGGCAGGGAGUGCACAGAUGAGCCAUCUCCAGAGCUACAGUCUUCCCCCAGAGCAGCUGUCUUCUCUCAGCCAAGGAGCCGGUCCACCAUCUGCAAGUCCUGCACUUCCUAGUCAACAGACCCAGGCUUCUUACCCCACCGCAAUGGUCAGUUCUGUUCAAGGAAAUGCAUAUACCAGCCAGGCUGCUAUGUAUAGUCCUCCUCCUGCUGCUGCCACCGCCGCACCUGCUGAUGUCACCAUUUACCAGAAUGCUGGAGCUAAUAUGUCCCAGGUGCCAAGUUACACACUCACAGCGCCGACCCUGCCUCCAGCAGGAGGCAGCCAGCAGCCAGCUCAGCCACAGCAGUCAUAUUCCCAGCAGGCUCUGCUAUAGGACCUGGUGUUCUUCUUGGUGGCACAUAGCUGCUAAAUGCCACUGACAAUGUUAGGAGAUCCAUUAAUAUCCUAAGAUUUGUUCAUUGUCAACUUAAAGGAAUCUAUCUUGAUGGACAAGGUCAAAUACUCCAGAAGGUAGAACUCUUCAAUUUGCACUGACUUCCUAGAGGUUCACCUGUCCCCUUCCCCAGAGGAAUGAAACUACUUACAACAUCUAAUUCCUUUUGUAAUACGAAGAAUCAGAAUCAUUACAAGCUUAUUGUCUUGUAAAAUGACCUGGUCAACAAACUUGUGACAAAGGGUCUGUAUAUAUUAAUAUGUAACUUCAGUAGUGGCCAUUUGAAUUGCAAUGGUGAUCAUGUGAAUAUAUUUAACACUGUGUUAAAUUAAUUUACAUUGCUAUUUUAAUCAUGAACAGUUACCACGUUUCCUAAUGUGUGUAAAUUUAAGCUAAGUACACUAUUAAACUACAGGAGAGCAAAGUGUGUAUAGUAUAUUUACGGGAAGGUGUUGCUGACCCCAGUUUCAGUUUUGCAGUAUUGGUUGUGAGCUAACCUCGUGCGUUAAUGUGUCUGUUUCUGUAACCUCUGUAUACCAGGAGCUGUCAGUAUGCCAGCUUAGCUAAACUGUGGGUGCAGUUAGAGCAGAUGAGAAUGUGCCCUCUUCAACUGUUAAAUUUCGGCAUGAUGUUUCAGCUAUGUGGGACCACAAGACAAAAUUAAAUAGGAUCACAUUUUUAUACCUAACUUCUAAAGAAAUAAUGUCAUUUCGCUUUUUUCCUAGUUGGAUAGUAAGUAGGUUUCUAGGCUGUUUCUGUGUUCAUUGGUGGCAAUGACAC